AUGGCAACGGUCUAUAAAUUGCCCCUUUCUAGAGUCUAUGACGACCACGAACCAAUCCAUGCGGUUGCAAAUACAAUAACCUCCUCUUUCACAGAGGACCCCUUGAUCUGCUGGCUGCGCCCUCUCGCAGACCCGUGGUCUGUAAUUGAUCCCAAUACAUCCAAAUGGCAAUAUCGCCGGGUUCAGAGGGCUGUUGCCGAGGGUAUUGUGCUGAGGGCUGCUACCGUCCGUGAGAUAGGACAGGGGUUCGAGAAAGAUGGCGAGGCCUAUGAAGGUUUAAACGUUGAACAGGAUGCAGGUGCAGUAGCCUUGUUAUUCCCUCCUCGUGGACGGUGCCGAUGGUCUCUGGGCAGGAUGCUGCUUUUGUGGAAGUUGUGGUUCCUUGAUAUCCUCCGUCCGGUGUACGAGAGGGGUGCGAAUGAAAAGAGACUGCAGAUAUUAAUGGAUGCUCAUAACCGCGUUAUUGCAAACGUCCAGCAGAAGUAUUACGUCCCCGACCUGUGGUAUCUAGAGGUCAUCGCUGUACACCCCCAUCUCCAAGGUCGUGGGCUGGGGAGAAAGGCCUUGUGUUCUGUCUUGGACCAUACCAGCAAUGGGCCCGUUAUUCUGGAAUGUACAAGACAGGAUAAUGUCGCCUUUUACGAACGAAUGGAGUUCAAAGUCGUCGAAGAAGUUGAGCUGGAAGAGAGCGGCGCAGCAGUUAAACUCUGGUUCAUGCUGCGUCAAGGAUCGACAGCCAAAGCCAAUUGA